ACCCCGCCCCGGACCGGGCCGCACCCGGAACGCGGAACGCUCCCCGUCGGAGCCAGCCGCUGCGGUGGAGCAGGUCCAUGGCGGCGGUGUCAGCGGUGUGCGCCUCGCAGGGGCCCCCGCCCGGCGCACCGUCCCCGCCGGCGGGCGCGCCUGUGCCCGCGUCCGGCCUGGGCCGCUGCCGGUUGGCGCUGCUGCUGGCCGUGGCGAUGGACGUGGCGGGCAUGGCGGCGCUGCUGACCGGCGUGUUCGCGCAGUUGCAGGUGCGCGGCCGCGACUUCGGCGACCUGCUCAUCUACUCGGGCGCGUUGCUCGUCUUCCUAAGCCUGCUCGGCUGGAUCCUCUGGUACACCGGCAACAUCGAGAUCUCGCGCCAGGAGCUUGAGCGCGACUACGGCCUGCGGCCCUCGGCGCUCGCCCGCCUCGCGCGAAAGCUCUCCCGCCGCUGGUCGGCGCCGGCUUCCUCCUCCGCCGGCCGGCGCGCCGCGCCCAGCUCCUGGGGAGCGCGCCCCGCCGCCCGCACGCCCCAGCCGCCCGCCACCGGCUCCCGCCGCGUGCGCCUGCAGCUCGCCGCGCUCGAGGCCGGGCCUGGGGCGGCGUGUGCGAGCAAAGAGUGAGCCCGAGACGAACGCAUGGCCACACCUGUCAGGACACGAUGGAGAUGUGCAGCUGCCCCAUCGCCAUCUGGCUGCCAGGAUGCCUACCUGUCCUCCAUCUAUCCUCCCCUGGAUAAAGGGCUCUGCCUCACUGUG